CUAAUUAUUGGCAUACAACCUUCAGUCAGUCUAAACAUAAACCAUCAUGAAUUAUAUCGUAAAGUGCCAAACCUGCGGAUAUUGGCUUGUGGAGGCGAUGGAACCGCUGGUUGGAUACUCUCGGUUCUCGAUGUUGGAUUUAAACCUCCAAUUGCUACCCUUAAAUCCCUUAGAACUGGUAAUGAUCUUGCUUGAGUACUUGUUUGGGGUGGAGGUUCAAAUGAACCAGUUUCCAAGAUUAACAUUAAAGACAAGAUUAACGGUGAAGUUGCACAACUUCACCGUUGGGAUGUUAAGGUUACUCUUAACACUGAAUUAAACCUAAUAGAACAAGCUUCAGAUACGCCUGAGGGUGGUAAAGAAUCGUUACCUCUUAAUGUGAUUAAUAAUUAUUUUUCCAUUGGUGUUGAUGCUCAUAUUGCCCUUGAGUUCCAUGAAACUCGUGAUGGUUUUGACCAUACACAACGACUAAGAGACCUGAAAGUCCAUUCACUUUUACUUCUCAAUAUCCCCUGUUACGGAGGUGGUACUCGACCCUGGGGCAGUGCAUCGCCCUCCUUUGAACUACCAAGAACCGAUGAUGGACUGAUUGAAGUAAUUGGCCUUACAACCUAUCAACUGCCUCUUCUUCAAGCCGGUGGCCAUGGGUCGUGUGUAGCUCAAUGUAAAGAGGCCAAAAUAGUUACACGGCGAACGAUUCCUAUGCAAGUAGAUGGUGAACCCUGUCGAUUAUUACCUUCCGUCAUUAGGAUUAAGGUCAAAAAUCAAGCAAAUAUGAUUGCCAAAUCUAAAUCUCAUUCGCAGAUCAUUUCAAUGCCAACUUUGGAUCGAGAGAUAAUCGUUGAUGUAAGAAAGUUAAAUUUAACCGAUUAUGAAACUUUCCAUUAUGAUAAAGACAGACUUCGAGAUGCAUCAAUACCUCUUGGUAAACUUAAUAUUAAUCCCGAUCUCGAAUUGAAUCAUGUUCGUGUUUUAAUCAUUCAAAUGGUCCAAGCUCAACGAAAAGGAUCAACGGCCAGUCAAAAGAUGAAUGAAACACCAGAUUCAGAAGUGAAAAGAUACCGAAUGGAAAGAGCCUUUGAACUGUCAACUGAUUGGUGUUUCGUUGAUUCUUGUACUGCUGAACGAUUUUUUCGCAUCGAUCGAGCCCAAGAGCAUUUACAGUAUGUGGUAGAUAUUUGUAAUGACGAUCUUUUCAUUCUUGAUCCCGCUGAUGACAAUUAUCGUGAUGAUACAAGUACACCAAGUGUACCAACCUACGUGGGCACCAAUAGUCCAGCGAGCGGUAUUAGUGAGGGAGGUGAUGAGACACCCUUACCAAUAGAUCAAAGCCAAUUGGGUGAUAACAAUAAUACAAUUGUACUUUUCAAACCGCCAAACGCGAGUAAAGAAACGGGUGAUCUAAAUACACCAUCAGAUACAAUUCAAUCAACACUGUCACCUUCACAAUCCUCGUCGUCACCAACAUCAUCAUCAACACAACCACAACCACCAUCAACAACCACAACAACAACAACAACAACAACAACCACCAGUGCUCUUAAAAAUGAAUCAAUUAUGAGUGAUAAAGGUAAAAAUAUAAAUCAAUGUAAUAUAAACGCUUCCACUACCAGUGAUAAUAAUAACAAUACAAAAGUAAAUACUGUUUAUAACCCUAGAAAUGUUAAUCUUAAUCUUAAUCCUAAGUUUAAUCCUAGAAAUAGUAGAACUAAUGAAAUUAGUUGUAAGGUAAUUAAAGAUAAUGAUAAUAGUGACAAUCGAUUGGGCAUAAGUGAAGGUGAAGGGGCACAAGGAGGUGAUAUUGGUACCCGAUUAUCGCCUGGUAAUUGUGGUGCUACUCGUCCUGAUAGUACAGGUAGUGUGACUUUCAUAGUGAACGAUUUUGAUUGUUAA